AACGCAGCACAGGGUGGAACGUUAGGUGCUGUUCUAGCGAAAGCGAAUAAACUGGCGGCAGCCUCGUCGACCGAUGCGUCACUGAAUCAGAUCCUGCCACCAUCGCAAGGCAUCGAAAUGCGAUUGAGCAUACAAAAUAGUGAACAAGUGGCAAACCUCUCAAAAGAGAUCUCACACCUGCAACAUUUGGUAGGGUUUUGA